GCACAGACAGGUAAUCACAUACCAGCCGCAUCGAGCGGCAUACUUGGUUACAGAACACAGUGAUCCUCAUCCGUCUGUAUGAAGCCCUCUUUGUCUUAUUUGGAGGAGCCAAUCUGGACUCAAUUCUUCAGUUUACAAUGAUACUCAGUUAUAAUAUGAUGUUUAGACGAAGAAGGCGAUUCUUGAUUUUCCUGCUUUCUGUUUCCCUUGCAAUGUGCUUGUCACUUCUAAUGUGGAUAAAAUAUGAAGAGGAGCCACUUCUUGACCUUCCUGAUCUUAGUGACCCGUUACCAGCCGACCUCAGCAUGCACCCUUUAUAUCGUAGAUCCGUCACACUUUACGAUGCCAACUUCAGCUUUUUCUUAAAUAUAAGUGAAUAUUCUGAGGUUUACCCAGCUCUCCAAAAUUACAGAUGUCGAGCAGUUAUUGGAUUAUUAGGAUACUGUAAAACACAGGAGACUUUAGUGCUUAUGGCUGUAAAAUCUCAUCCAAUAUCAUCUGACAGGAGAGACGCUUUACGUCGCACUUGGGCUAAAGACAGAGUGAUUCUAGGAUAUCGGUUCAAGCCACUGUUUCUCAUGGCUAAUUCUGGGAGACGAAGACUAAUGGAGAGAGUGAUGACAGAAGCAUCUAUAUUUGGGGACAUUAUUUUAUGGGAUUUCCUGGAGAGCCAUCACCACCUGUCCCUCAAAGAGAGAUGCUUUCUGGAGUGGAUGCAUUACCGGUGCCCAGAGGCAGUGUAUAUUUUCAAAGGUGAUGAUGAUGAGUUUGUUAAUCCUUACUCACUAGCAAACUACAUUUCCUCCUCUGCAACAUCCUUUCCUAAUCAGAUACAUGGCUACCUCCAGGUUAACCCACCACCAGACCGUGAUGGCAAGUAUGGAGUUCCUGUGUCUAUAUAUCCUCAUGGAUACUAUCCUCCCUUUGUGUCUGGCGGUGGGUUCCUUCUUCCUGCCAGUCUUGUUCCAUCUCUCCGUUGGGCUGCAUCAACCAUUCCUGUGUUCCCUCUUGAUGAUGUAUUUAUUGGUUUCCUGGCUCUUGCUGCUGAUAUCCCAUUCCACCAUGAACCACGUUUCCGCUCCUUUGGAUUGAAAACCGAUAAACUCUGCUACUAUUGGGAUGCACUGGUAGUUCAUGGAUUGACUCCAAAACGUAUGCUUGAAGUGUGGGAAGCACUGCCUUCUGCCCCAACCUGUCCCCCCACCACUGAAAGAGAAGAGAUAAAUGAUGAAUUCCAUCACUGAAAUGACUUGUUUCCUGGGGAUGAAUGUAUAGACUUUUGUGUACAAUGGUAGGCAUGUGGAUAGUGUUGGUUUAAUAUCCUUAAUCUGUCUACUCUUUAUGCUGCAGAUUCCAUGAAACCUUCAUUGUUCCCCUUUCCCAUCUCAAUUUCCAAUUUUAAACACCUCUUUUCGAUAUUAACUUUAAUUUUUAUAUUUCUCCAUUCUACUUUACUCCUUUGUUACAAUUCUACUACAGUUAAACAAGCAUAUAAAACCAAUAUAAUUUCCACUGCAACGGACCAGUAAACAUAAAAAGAAACAUUAAUUAAGAAAAUCAGGAUCAAUAUCUUCUGCCAAAAUCCUACCUGGAAGGAAACCUCUGUGAAAUAUUUUGAAUUUGUGAAUGGCCAGUAAAGCAUGAAAUUAAUUUGUGCAUUGUACUAUGGGACACUUGAUAUAAAGGAAAUAUAUAACGCUGUGCUUAAAGGGACAGUUUAAUAAAGCAAACCUAAAGCUUGUGAAGUUAUAUCUGUGUUUCAGGACAUAUGUUGUUUACAUUACUAGACAAUAAAUGAUUUAUAUUUUA